ACUCCCCCUUUUCCCGCCCGCCGCCGCCACCAUUAUGUCCCCGCAGAGCGCGGCGGCCACCGCCUCCUCGGCAAAGGCCGCCGGCGCCGCGGAGGACACGGGAGGAUGAGGACAGGAGGAAGGCGAAGAAGGAGGAGGAGGAGGCGCAGGCGGUGGGAGGCGGAGGCGAGGCCGGGCGGAGGAGGAGGAGGCGGCGGCGGCGGAGGAGACGCGGAGGAUGAAGUGGAGUGUCCGGGGAGCCUGCGCCGCGCUCUCCAGCUGCCUCCUGCUCGCCUGCGCGCUGAGCGCCGCCGCCGUGGGCCUCAAGUGCUUCUCGCUGGGCUCGGAACUGAAAGGGGAGCCCUUCCGCCUCGGCACCGCCGCCGGCGCCUUCUACUCGGGACUGCUCUUGGCCGCCGGCCUCUCGCUCCUCGGCUCCGCGCUCUUUUGCUGCCGCCAGCCGGACGAGGCGGCGGGCGGCGAGGGCGCAGCGUCCCAGGCGGGGGGCAGCGAAAUCGCGGCGGUGCCCGUGGUCAGCGGGGACGCUACUCCUCCUCCGCCGCCGCCGCCUCAGCCCCAGCAGCUGCCGCACCUCCCCAAGGCGCCCCCGGGCGGGCGGCAGAACUUCCUGCUGCUGGGCGUGCUGGUCUUCAUGCUGGGCGUCCUGAGCGCCUUCGCCGGGGCGGUGAUCGACGGCGACACGGUGUCGCUGGUGGAGAAGAAGUACUCGCACUACUGCCUCCUGCAGGGCGCCGGAGCGGUGGCUGCCCGGGCGCGGCCGGCUGGGGGCCCCGACGGGCCGGCGGGCUCGCUGCGCUGCCAGAAGCUGCGGGACUACCAGCGCGGCUUGGUCAUCUCCACCAUCUUCAACGCCCUCGAAUGCCUCUUGGGCCUCCUCAACUUGCUGCUGGUCAAGAACUACAAGGCGGCCCAGCAGCGCGGCCUGCGCAGACGGCGCCGCCGCAGGCACCAGCACCACCUGGGCGGGGGGCGGCGGCGGAGGUGCCGGGGGCCCGGCGGCGGCUCGGGGGGAGGAGGCGGCGGCGGUGGCGGCUCGGGGGUGGGCGGCCGGCGGCCUCAGCGCCCGAGCCAAGGCUCCAUCUUUUCCAGCGAGGACCCCGACCUCUCCCCGGGGGGCGAGUGCGCCUUCCAGGCCGUCUCCUACAUCAACGUCGGCGUCUUCCACGUCUUCGACGAGGCCGGCGUGGAGGUGAACUGCGGGGGCCACCCUUCCGUCGAGCUGCCGGGCUAUUCGCCCAUGGACCCCGAGCUCCACGUCUCCUACCCCUAUUGCUACCCGCUGCCCCACGAGCAGCCGCCUGCCUACGAGGAGAUCUACCCGCGGGAGAUCUGUGCCAACCGCCUCUGAGGGCGGCCCAGGCCCCCUGCGGGACCCGCGCUCACAGUCGGCCGCCCAGCCUGAAAGGGACGGCAGCGCUGCUUGCGCAAAGGGGGCCGGGCGCUCACGCUCCACGGGCAGGAGGACCAGUUGCACAAGGUGAGGCCAACACCGCAGGCAGCAGCCGGGACUGCUGCCGCCGCUGCUCCUUUGCAAACGAGGUAGACGUAAGUGAGGUCCCUAGAAUGAGACCGAGCCGGCAGUCGACUGGAUCCCUUGGCAAGUCGCAACCUAGGUCGAAACGCCUUUGGCUUGGUUUCUCUGAGGAUCAGGCGCACUUUCUGUUAAUCACUUCUUCAGUGGAGAAAUCUUGAACAGAGUUUGCGAAAGUUGCCAAUGCAUUGCCACCUGUUGGGGGGUUGAUCUUGUCAAGGUUUCUCUUUCCCGCUUCUUGGUUCAAAAAAAAAAUAUCUAUAGUUACCUGCUAGAGGUUUUAAGCAAAUUGCAAUUCCUCUGGUGUUCCUUAAAGAUGGCUGGGGCUUCCCAGGAAUAAUACUUUUAAAGUAUCUUUUAAUUUUAUCUUGAUGAUCUGGUGGAAUCUUGCAGCUGUCUCUUCUAUAUUGGUUGAAUGGUGAACGUUUCAGCAUUGGUUCCCACAAUCAUAUUAGGUGGCUUGGAAUUUUUCAAAAAAUUUUAAUUGGCCUGGCUUUUCCCUCCCUUCAAAUGAAUCUUCAUGAUACCCUCAGCUUUUUAAGAGUGCAAAAUUGUAUCAUUAGACAACUGGCCAGAACAGCAGCAUCCACAAGAUGUAAGAAAAGCAGCUGUAUGUCUCAAAGCAGAUAAAUUUCUAAACUGUGAAGAGAUUUGAGAGCCGUUUUGAACAAAGCCUCUUAUGUUUACAGUAUUCCUGGAAGAUUUUAUGUUAACCUUUAAAAUUUAGUGAAAGUUUAAAACCAUUGUUGGUCUUGUAAGAUGCACAUUAUAAACCUGCACUUUCAAACAGAGAACAAAAGAAAACAGCAACAUUUUUGUACACUAAUGUGCCUGCUUUUGUUGAUAAUUUCUUACUGUAAAAGCUUUCAAAAAAGUCUAUAGUGAAAAUGUUUGGUAAAGUCAUUGCAACUUAAAAUUAACAACUAUCAGUUCCUUUACUAAAACAGAAGUGUGAUACAGAAUUCAAGGAAAGUCCAAAUGUCUCAUACAUUCCUUUUUUUGUAAACAGGUUCUGUGCAAAGCAGGACUUAUAUUUAUUUUUAUUUCAUUAAAAAAACAGUUCAAUCCUAUUUUGUACAAGUACAGCCAGUUACUCUUGUAAGUAGUUUAAUUUUAGUGUUACCAAUUACUCAAAUCUGAAAAGCUUGAAUAUUAAGGUUUUAUUUAAAUACAAAUAUAUAGAUAUAUAGAUAUGCUUUAAGUAGCCUUAAUUGAUGGUCUCAACUUUCAGUGGAGUUGCUAAACUCCUUCAUAGCGUUUCAGUAUCUACUGGAACUGCCAAAACUCAACAAGUGAUGGUAGGAAAGGAUACUGCACAAUAUGACUUGUAGCAUAGUGACUAAACUCUUUUCAACUGGACAUUUUAAAAGUUUCACCAUAAUGCCCUAAUUUACUUGUGCUGGAGAAUUUCAGCAUAUCAGAUUGCCCAGAAAAGGAAUUGCUUUGGACUACUGGCCUAAAAAAGGGAAAGUUUAAUUCAGAAUGUACACAAGGAUGAAAGCCACACUUCAAUCCGCAUUAAUUUGCUGCUUCUUAUAAUUAUUGAAACAGAAGUUCCAUUCAGAAGCCAGUACCUUCCUUAAGCUCCUAAAAGCAAGGAACCUGUCUUUAGCUUGUAUUACUUUGUAAAACACCAAGUAUGCCAAAUGGCACUAUAUAAAUAAUUAACAGUAAUAAUUCAUCUUGAAGUCUGCUGCGGAAUUCAAGCGUUAUCAACAGAGACAGCAUUAAAGGAAAAUUGCUGUUUUCUCUUUUUAUUUUUGCAAGGUACAGAAGGUUUUUCUUUUAAGUAAGAAGCUGAACCAAGUAAAUUUGCAGCCUUAGAUUAAAAAGAAAGAAAGAAAACCAUCCCCAACAGCGGUGAAAGCCUCUCUGCACUAUUUUGUUAUCUGAAAUUGUUUUGAAUUGCACACUUUGUAUAGCCUACAAUGCAUAAUGCCUUAGAACAUUUAAAAACAGAUUUAAAAUUAUAUCUUUUAAAAAGUCAGCAUUAACAGACUUCUUUUUAGAUAACUGGAUAAGCAACUAAUCCAGUUUGCAAAGUUAGCUUCAGAAUUUCGGAAGGCUAGCACUACAGUUAUCAUGAUUAUUCAUUUUAGGGUGAAAAAAAAUUCCCUCUCUGAGACCAAGCACAAUGCUUAUUGAAUACAUAAAAGACCUUGUUUAACAGGUAUGGGCCUUUUUUCAUUUCUCCCUAAAGAGGUAUGGAUUUCACCUCCAAGGAUCCUCAGCUUCAGUCCUUGGGCCUAAUCUACAUGGCACUUUCACAGGCACAAGCGUCUAGAAAAUGAAUGGGAAUUAUUGGAGGGCGGAGGGAAAGAUGGCUAUAUGUUUUGCUUUCCAUCUUCCAUUCACUUUAUUGGAAUUACCAAAACUGAAGAGCCUGCUGAAAUGCAUUCCUUUAUCUACACUGCUUAUUUGGACAGUACUUCGGAUGUGUAUAUGGCCCAGGAUUUUUAUAAAAUAAACUGGUGCAUAAAGUAA